ACUAUCCCUCCCCCUCGGCGUCCGUCCUUCGUGAGGCAGUCGCAGGCUGUCACAGUGGCUUGUUUGUUGUCAUCAAGAUGGAGUUUUUACUGGGGAAUCCUUACAGCACGCCAGUGGGUCAGUGCAUAGAGAAAGCUACUGAUGGCUCCUUGCAGGGGGAAGACUGGGCUCUCAAUAUGGAGAUCUGUGAUAUCAUUAAUGAGACAGAGGAAGGACCAAAGGAUGCCAUAAGAGCACUGAAGAAGAGGCUGAAUGGGAACAGAAACUACAGAGAAGUUAUGCUCGCCCUCACGGUCCUGGAAACAUGUGUCAAAAACUGUGGCCAUCGGUUCCAUACUCUGGUGGCCAAUCGUGACUUUAUUGAUGGAGUCCUAGUGAAAAUAAUCUCUUCAAAGAAUAAUCCCCCAACUAUUGUGCAGGACAAGGUUCUGGCUUUGGUUCAGGCAUGGGCAGAUGCUUUUAGAAGUAGCCCAGACUUGACUGGAGUCGUCCAUAUUUAUGAGGAACUGAAGAGAAAAGGAAUAGAAUUUCCAAUGGCAGAUCUGGAUGCUUUGUCUCCCAUACACACUCCACAGAGGAGUGUACCAGAGGUUGACCCAGCCACUAAUAUGCACAAGUCUCAGUCCCAGCAGAGGAUAAACAAUGCACCCAGUUUCACAUCUUCACAACCUGCCUCCUACAACGCUCCCCAGGUGCCUGCCGUACAAGUGACUGGACCGAUCAAUGUAAACUCUGAACAGAUUGCCAGGCUGCGCAGUGAGCUUGAUAUCGUGAGGGGAAACUCCAAGGUGAUGUCUGAAAUGCUAACAGAGAUGGUGCCUGGGCAGGAGGAGCCAUCAGACCUUGAGCUUUUGCAGGAACUGAACAGAACCUGUCGAGCCAUGCAGCAAAGAAUUGUAGAGCUCAUCUCUCGAGUGUCCAAUGAGGAAGUCACUGAGGAGCUGCUGCAUGUCAACGAUGACCUCAACAAUGUGUUCCUCCGAUAUGAAAGGUUUGAAAGGUAUCGCUCAGGACGGGCCUCCCAGAACUCCAAUAAUGGGGUGCUAAGUGAGGUCACGGAGGACAAUUUGAUAGACUUGGGUCCUGGAUCUCCAGCUGUGGUGAGCCCCAUGGUGGGAUCCAAUACAGCAGCAGCACCCGCCAACUUGUCCACUCAACUGGCUGGCCUUGACCUGGGAACAGAAAGUGUCAGUGGAACCCUGAGCUCACUGCCAAACUGCAAUCCCAAGGAUGAUUUUGACAUGUUUGCACAAACACGGAGCAGCUCUUUGGCCGAUCAGCGUAAAAAUGUGAAAUAUGAGGAUCCUCAAGCACUGGGUGGACUGGCAUCAGCUUUAGAUGUCCGGCAACAGAAUACCACAGGGCUGAAAUACAAAAGUGGUAACGCAGACUUGGAGCCCAUAGACAGCUGGCUUAUUACUCAAGGAAUGAUCCCUGUUGCGCAGUCCUCUGUCAUGGAUGACAUUGAGGAGUGGCUGUGCACCGAUGUGAAAGGAGAUGAAGUGGAGGAGGGCGUCACAAGUGAAGAGUUUGACAAGUUCUUAGAAGAGCGGGCCAAGGCAGCAGAGAGGAUCCCCAAUUUGCCCACGCCCCCCGUAACGGAGCCCGUAGCGCCCAGCGGUGACUCCAGCAGCAACAGGAGGAAGGCGGAGCGCUCGGAGGACAUGCUGUUUGCUCUGUAGCCGGGCCGCUCUGGGCCCUCCUCGUCCACCCUCGCGUGUAGGGUGCACUUCUCUCUCUCCCAACGCCACGUCCACUUCAACUCUCCAGCAGACACAGCUAACAGUGCUGCCAUCGCUUGCUCCUCCUUGCAGUUGUAAUCUCCUGGCAGUGCACAGGAGGGUCAUCCCACAGUAACAACAAGAACCUGAAUGAAACAAACCACCGAAAAAAAAAAAAAAAACAUAAAAAUUGAGAGUCGCUGUCACCAGGGAAUUUGGGAGGCGGCACUAGUUGGAGUUUACCUUUCGCUCCUGGAAUGAUGAUGCCACCCCGGCGGGUGGGCUCCUUUUGAGCUCUUGGCGUGGUACGCUUCACCACGGACUUAUCUGCUUACGCUUUACGUUUUUUUCAUUUGCACCACAUCACACCGUAACUCAACACCCACCACCACCACCACGCUUGAGAAGUGGACAGCCAUUUGCCAGGUGGGCUGCACCUACCCUGUUUUGACUUGUGUGUGUGGGCGCGUGCUUAGAGGGGUCUCCUCUAGGUGAGCUGUGAUAUGGAGGGAUGUCAAACAGGAUAUUUAUUCAUUUCUUUCGUUAGGAUUAUUGACUGGCUGGGGGUGGAGGGGAGAAGCGUGACGGUUGGGGGCAUCGAAAUACGUUUACUAAGAGCUGAGAUUAAGUGGAGUGUAGGGGAAGGAGGGAGGGAUACAGAGAGGAGUUGGGGGGGGGGGGGGGUGAUGCCCAUGGCAACAUUCCUGGAAAUGAGACGACAGUGAAAGAGGUUGGUGGGGUGAGGUGGGUGCUUGCAAGUGCAAUAUAAGAUUGGCACAGAAAUGUAAGAAAUAUGGAGUGGGCACCAUUUAGAGGAUUGGCGUGAAUGUUCUGUGUGGGUGGGUGGGGUGUUCAGAGGGUGCAGUUGGAGUGAUAAACGCUCAGUAAGGCUGACCCGAGUGUGAUGUGUUUGUGAUGGACGUUCUCACUUUCAAAAAGUGGCCCCCUGUGUGAUCCCCUGGCACCACGUAUGGCUUGCUUCUCGUCAAAUGCACUUUAAAGCCGUCAUUGUAGAGGAACUCGUUGAUUUUUGAGGAUCAUCUGUCCCUAUAGCAGCAGCACACAACCAGUGUUUGAGAAGAAGGGCACUUUAGUGAAGCAUAUGCCAGAUUCCCAGUUCUGCUUAUGCCUGCAUGCUCAGGUUGGCACAGCUGUAGGCUUCUGCAGUAGAAUAGCGCAAGAAGGAACCUGAUGUGAAGCCCUGUGCCAGCUUCUGGGUGGGCACAUCACCAGUAACGAGGCCACAUUUUCAGUGACCACCAGCCCGGUUCAUCCAUACUUCCUAGGAUUUAGUUGAGUGGAGCCAUUAAUUAGGUGCCCACCUCUGACCUCAGUCAGUCCAGCGCCCCCCCCCCCCACUGCUCAUACUGUAUAGAUAAGUUUUUUUUAAUUAUUUUAUUUUUAAAUGCUUAAAAGAUAGAGAGAGCCAUGGAUUGUAACUUUUUUUUGGGGGGGGGGGAAGGGGGGGUCUGGCCUACACCUUGUACCCUGACACUAACAAUAGCAGUUUUUGUUCCUUGACCAGUGGUUUUUUUUUUUUUUUUUUUUUUAAGGUGACGUCACCACAUCCUUGCCCAGUUUUGUUGGGAGGUGGGCAUUAGAUUUAUACGCUUCAAGCCUUUGAAAACUUUGAAAUGAAGCUGUGCCCCCCCCCCCCCCGCUGACUUUUUAGUGUUGGUUCAUCUAACUACUUUUAUGUGUGUAUGUGUGUUUGUGUGUAUACACCCCACAUGUUCACGUCAGUUUCCUCGCCAGGACACCCUGGGCACACGAGGUUGACCGACCCUUUCGCUGAGUGCCAGCCCCAGCUGCCAACGUAGCUGUAGGUUAACACAAGGCUGUGAUGUCACCUCAGCUGGGGCCGAGAUCUUGUAGUGACCCGCGUAGCUCUCUUGUUAUGUUCCGUUUUUUGAGAUCUCAGACUUUGGCUGAUUUCAGGGCUGAACGGGCGGCCCUGCCACUCUACGUGUGUCGCCUCAGAUACAGAAUCCAGCCUCUGUAUUGUUCGGUUCCUGCAUGUGUUCUGCUCCAAUAAAACACUACCAGUGUGA